CGUUGAUUCGCGGUUACACAAGUUUCCGACGCCGCACAUGCAUCUUCACUAGACGCAGGAGAGCACGGCCCACGUGCGGAGCCAACUCAUGCGUAGAAAUCUUUAAGUAACGUCUACGUUUUAAAGAGAACAUACAACUUUUAACCUUAUGGCUUAAAAAAGAAGACACACCAUUGUCUAUCUGUAGAACCGGAACAAAAGAUGAAUAGACGAAAUGCCCAAAGCUAUUACUCAAUUUGACUUUGAUAACCCAGGUCUAAAAAGAUCCUUUUUAUGUUUAUGAAGAAUGACGUCAAAGUCGUACAAAAAAAAAAUGUAUCAAAAUAAAAGGCUACACUAGCAACCCAUCCAAAAGGCCCUCAUGUAUGGACUGUUUGUUCCUUUACACGCGUAACUAAUUGGCUUGGCUUAUUAUAAGCCCUGGGAUGCUGUGAUGGAGCUUCUUCACCAGCCGCUUGGUAAACUUAUUUGUGGUUGUCCCGUGGAGUGGCUUCCGAGGAGGCGAAAUUAAGGAAUAUUAUCACAUAACAUUUGGACUGAUAAACCUCGAAUAUUCAGAAAUGCUGGAAAUGCUAGAAUUUAACCAUUACCAGGUGCAGACUCACCUUGAAAAUCCGACCAAGUAUCACAUCCAACAAGCCCAAAAACAACAGGUGAAGCAGUACCUGACCACCGCCAAACACCCAGGCCAAGCUUUAAGCUUACCUUGUCCUAACCAGCCAGGUGAUCACAUCAUGCCCCCCGGAACGGGAAGCAGCGCUCCCAACAGCCCUAUGGCCAUGCUGACCAUUGGUUCUACCUGCGAAAAAGAGAUGGAUGAUGUGAUCGAUGACAUAAUAAGCCUGGAGUCCAGCUAUAAUGAGGAUAUUCUCCUAAUGGAUCCUGCCAUGCAAAUGGCAAAUACGAUCUAUCAAACUGGAUUAGUCUACCCUGAUUUGCCUGUGUCGGGUAAUUUGAUUGACAUUUAUGGAAAUCAAGGUAUGCCUCCUACGGGUUUAAACAUCAGUAAUUCUUGCCCUCCUAAUCUUCCCAAUAUCAAAAGGGAACUCACAGAAUCGGAAGCAAGAGCGCUGGCCAAGGAGAGACAAAAGAAAGACAAUCACAACCUUAUUGAACGAAGACGAAGAUUUAACAUCAAUGAUCGAAUAAAAGAACUAGGAACGCUGAUACCCAAAUCAAACGAUCCGUCCUACAAUACCAUAUCUAGAUGCCCUAGCGAAGUGGAACCUGGCAGUUGUAGAGUCUGGGACAUGCGAUGGAACAAAGGAACAAUUUUAAAAGCUUCCGUGGAUUACAUACGCAAGCUGCAAAGAGAACAACAGCGAUCAAAAGAACUGGAGAACAAGCAGAAGAAACUUGAACACGCCAACAGACACCUCCUGCUUAGAAUACAGGAGCUGGAGAUGCAAGCAAGAGCACAUGGACUUUCCAUCGUCCCUUCUACAGGUCUUUGUUCUUCAGAUCUGGUCAACAGGGUCAUCAAACAGGAGCCAAUGCUCGACAGCUGUAACCAAGAGGUUCUACAAAACCACCACAACCUUUCUGGUACCACCACCCUCGACCUCACGGAUGGCACCAUCACUUUCAGUAAUAAUAUGAGAAAUAUGACUGAAUCCCCAACAGCCUACACUAUCGCCACCAAAAUGGGCGCCAAACUGGAAGAUAUUUUCAUGGACGACACUCUCUCACCAAGAGUCAGUGACCAGCUUCAUCCCUUGUCUCCUGGGGCUUCAAAAACCAACAGCAGAAGAAGCAGCAUCAGUAUGGAAGAGAAUGAUCACAACUGUUAGCGCUGAAAAGAGCGCCUUCGUAUAGACUCUACUUUAUAUUAUUUUUGUGCAGUAGAAAACAUUUAUUCUAGAUUUCUGGGUAUCAUUUUUUUUUCAUAGAACCCUUGCUGUGUUUUAUUUGUAGGCCAGCACUUAAUCCCCCCCCUCCCCCUUCAGUGCCAUUAUUUCAUAUUUUUUUUUGUUUUGGUGAUAAUGAAUUUUGUAACGGAAUGUGUUUUUAUAAAUAACUGCUUUUGCCUUUUAAAGUGUUGUAGCGAAAAUAUACAGCAUCUUACAUCAUG